GUGCUGCAUCCAGAAAACCUAAUAAGGCAAGAUAUAAGGGGGGAAAUCAAAAUUCCCCGAAGUUUAAGCGCGAAUCGUGAAAACCCCAGUCCAGAGAGAGAGAGAGUGAGCCUCACCACUGCUAACGUCAGUCAACAGUGGCAGUAUCGAACUACAGUUUUACUGGAAGGAGAAGAUCGCUAUAUAUUCCGAUGCGGAAUCGCGGAAUUGGUUGUUAAUACGGACGGGAUAGGGUUGACGCACGAAAAGAGCAGCGGCGUUUGGAUUCCGAAUCUGGGAAGAUGUCGGACCUAGACCGGCAAAUAGAACAGUUGAAGAGAUGCGAACCGCUCAAGGAAUCUGAAGUCAAGGCCCUCUGCCUCAAAGCCAUGGAAAUCCUCGUCGAAGAGAGCAAUGUUCAGCGCGUUGAUGCCCCAGUAACUAUUUGUGGAGACAUACAUGGGCAGUUCUAUGACAUGAAAGAGCUAUUUAAAGUAGGAGGUGAUUGUCCACAGACAAAUUACUUAUUUCUUGGAGAUUUUGUUGAUAGAGGAUUUUACUCUGUUGAGACAUUUCUGCUUCUACUUGCUCUGAAGGUAAGAUAUCCUGAUAGGAUAACUCUCAUCAGGGGAAACCAUGAGAGCCGACAGAUAACGCAGGUGUAUGGUUUCUACGACGAGUGCCUACGGAAAUAUGGUUCGAUCAACGUUUGGAGAUAUUGCACCGAAAUUUUUGAUUACAUGAGCCUGUCAGCACUCAUUGACAAUAAGAUAUUUUGUGUUCAUGGUGGUUUGUCUCCUGCAAUUUCCACGUUAGACCAGAUCCGGAUAAUUGACCGAAAGCAAGAAGUUCCUCAUGAUGGUGCCAUGUGUGAUCUUCUGUGGUCAGAUCCUGAAGACAUUGUUGAUGGUUGGGGUCUGAGCCCGCGUGGUGCAGGAUUCUUGUUUGGUGGCAGCGUUGUCACUUCAUUUAAUCACACGAAUAAUAUUGACUACAUAUGUCGGGCCCAUCAGUUGGUAAUGGAAGGUUAUAAAUGGAUGUUUAAUGAGCAGAUAGUUACAGUCUGGUCUGCCCCAAAUUACUGUUACAGAUGCGGAAAUGUAGCUGCAAUUCUCGAGCUAAAUGAAAACCUAGAAAAGGAGUUUCGUGUUUUUGAAGCAGCCCCACAGGAAUCAAGAGGAGCACCGGCCAAAAAGCCACCUCCAGACUACUUCUUAUAGGAAUGAAGUUAACACGAUUUUAGGUAACUACAAUUCUUCAAUGGGCAAUCUCAUCAUGUUGUGAAUGCUCUGAAGCGGUAGACGAAGAUUGUGCUUGAGUUGGGUAAAAAAUGGUAUCUAUGAGAGAUUUAAAGAGAUGGAUUUUGCACUUUGCCAACCACCUCUCUGAGCACUUGAUUCUUUUGUAUUUCUAUUUAUAUAUGUUCAUGCUACUACAGUGUGUCAGAUACCAAGGAACACCUUGUAUAUGAACCAAAUUGCAGGUCCCUCACCCCCACAAACCCAGAAAAAGGAAAAAGACCAAGAAAAUUGUUCA